CACACACGCAGGUCCGCGUCUCCUGUCGCUCGUCAUCUGGUGACAGGAAGCUUCUGCCUCUGUUCUAUAUUAUAGCGAAGCAGCUUCUACGUGCUUUGAAUGUGAAAUCUGUCGGGCUUUUUUUUUUCUUUCUUCCCCUCCCUUCAUUAUUAUUUAUCUCGUGCGUGCAGCUUUCGUCAAUUUGCGAGUUUGAAAAAGUUAUUAUAAAAGAUACACUCGUCCAAAGAAGAUAGAGAUAUUUCGAGGUGGGGAGAUGAGUUCUGUAGGUUUGGACUUCACGGAGGACCUGGGUCCGAACAUCGGCCAGGAGGAGCUGGACUUCUCCGACCUGUUUCUGUAUAAUCCUCCUGGGGAGGACUUUCCUGGCGGCUGCGAUAAAGAUGGCUCAGGUGUUCUCCUCCAGAGCAACAAACACCCUCCUCUGCUGGUGGUCGAUCAUCCCGCUGCCUACAUCUCCAGCUCCGACCGGGACGACUCCAGUCAGGACACCUCCUCCUACAGCCCUACAACAGCCAACCUCUCGGGGGUCGCGUGUGACGCCGUUGUGAUGGCUUCAAGACCCGGGACCAUCCCCGCACCCAGCCCCAGGAUAGAGAUCACUCCGUCAGGGGACUCUCUCAGCUCUCAAACCCCGGAGCUGAGCCCUGGCACCAAAGCUCUGGCGGCCUACAGGGAGUGUGUGAGCCCGGCCAGCAGUAACUCCUCCACGGGCUGGCCCGCAGAGGGAUGCUCUCCUUUGGUUUCGCCGUGCAUCUCCCCAUCUAAUGGAGGCGGCGCCGGGAUGGGGUUGUCGAGCUUGGACCUCAGCCUGGGCGUCCAUACUUCUUCUGCCCACUCCUCCCCGGGAGCCUCACCUCGCAACAGCGUCACCGACGACACCUAUCUCUUGCCCAGGCACCAAUGCGCCGCCUCGUCGCUCCCCCACCAACGCUCCCGCUCGGCCUCACCGCACGGGAAGCGCUCCUACGACCCGUCCCACCCAUGUGCGGGAGCCACUCCCGUCAAGCAGCGCUCCCGAAGCCCCAGCCCCAGCCCCAUCCCCUCGCUCCAAGAGCAGCAGGGGUCCUACUACCUUCAACAGUACCAGGCAGAGUUCCAGCCCCAACCCCCGAGCUCCCCCACGGGCCUGGAGGAGAUGCUGAGGAGCCUCAGCUCCAGCCCAUCCAGAGCUCUGCCUUAUGCCCUGGGGCGAGAUGCUCACGGGCCGGCCCAGAGACAGGACUGUGCGUAUGGGGGGGAGUAUGACCGGGCCAUCGAGCAGGAGAGGAUGAGCAGGGCGGCCGAGGUCAAGUCUGAGAACUUCUAUAUGCUUCCAACCGUGUGGGCUCCUCCUCAUCCGGUUCACCACGGAGCACUCGGCAGACUUUCGGUGGCUCCACUGCCCUCCCCAGAGUGGCCGUUGCCAUGCCAGUCUGGUCAGUACGAGCUUCUCAUCCAGCAAGAGCCCAGAUCCCAUCACAGAGCUCACUAUGAGACGGAGGGCAGCCGCGGAGCUGUGAAGACACCUAACGGAGGACAUCCGGAAGUUCAGCUCCGUGGGUACCAAGGCACAGCUCCACUGGGGCUGCAGGUCUUCAUAGGGACAGCCGACGAGAGAAUCCUGAAACCUCACGCCUUCUACCAGGUCCACCGCAUCACUGGGAAGACCGUCACCACGCCCAGCAUGGAGCGGUGGAUGAACGGCACCAAAGUGUUGGAGAUCCCUCUGGAGCCAAAGAACCACAUGAAAGUGAUGAUUGACUGUGUGGGAAUCCUGAAGUUGAGGAAUGCCGACAUCGAACUGAGGAGCGGUGAGACGGACGUUGGAAGAAAAAACACACGUGUGCGUUUGGUGUUUCGCGUCCACAUCCCUCAACCUGGGGGCCAACUGGUGUCCCUCCAAGCUGCCUCUCAUCCUAUCGAAUGCUCCCAGCGCUCAGCUCAGGAGUUCCCUGCAGUCGAGAGGCAGGACCUGGACCAAUGCUCAGUGCUUGGUGGUCAACAAAUGGUCCUUACAGGACAGAACUUCACAUCUGACUCCAAAGUGAUAUUUUCCGAGAAGACACAAGAUGGGAAGCAGAUCUGGGAGGUGGAGGCCACUGUUGACAGAGACAAAACACAAGCCAACAUGCUCUUCGUGGAGGUCCCUCCGUAUAGAAACCGCAGCAUUUGCCACCCAGCUAAAGUCAACUUCUACGUCGUCAACGGGAAGAAGAAACGCAGUCAGCCUCAGCACUUCAUCUACACUCCUAUGAUAGCCAUAAAAGCAGAACCGCUGGACGAUUACCAGUUGAAUUCAUACAUCUACUCAGACAAUCAGUCCCUGUCUGGCCUGUCAAUGAAGUCGCUUUGCCAUCACCUGGAGCAGGAGAGCAACCUUCAUUCUUUGAAUGUUUGUCCAACAAUGUACCAUCUAGCCUCCGUAGACCCCAGAUCCCAUGUCUUGAUCCCUGAUCCACUGGACGACCAGCCGGUUUAUUACCAGUCCAGCGCCAGCACUCUGAUCAACAACCCUGCGCUUUACCACACCGCGAAUCAACGUUACAGCAACUGGGGUACCUCCCCCCAUGGUUCCCCGAUGGCUUCCUACCCUACUCCAACUCCCAGCCCGUGCGUCAGCGUCAGAACCCCCGUGGGCAAACUGGGCGCAGGUCCUCAAGUCGGCGAUUCGCCCAAGGCCUGCGUGGCGUCAAGGUAUCAGAAUUAUAUGGGGAAGUCACCAUCCUCCAGGUACCCCCAGGGUCAAGCCCAGGUAAAGUCUGGAAGCCGAGCGGAGCCUCUGAACCAGACCGGCUCGGGUAUAGGAAACUACGAGGAACGAGCUCCAGAGCGGGUCCCGGUCAAACGAGAGAAUCUCCGCUGUGCUUACCUGGAGGAUGUGAAUGACAUCAUAAGAAGAGACAUGAAGGGCCACAAUGGAGAGUGAUCCUGGAAGCCUGAUGUCCAUCACACCGAGCAUAAUAUGUAAAAUAUAUAAUCUAGAAUGUCCUGAAGUGUGUUGCAAUAACAAAACGUAGGGCUAGAUGUUGAUUUUAGACUUUUUAGCUUUAGGAGUGGUAGUAGACAGCAACACAACCUUAUAUUGUGUAUCUAAUGGGGCUUUGUAUUAAUCUGUUUUGACAUAUUUUUGUUCAUGUAUUUGUACAAUUUCUCUUUGUAAGCAUAUAUAAGAUGUUGUAAAUCAAAUAUUUUCUGUUUAUGCUAAUCAGUAUGUUUGCAUUAAAACGAGGAAUAGACCAAAGAGAAAAUGUACAUUUCUAAACUAGUGUGUAAUCCCUUUAUCUAUGAAAUCCUGUGAUGACCUCGUACUUCAACCACCGUUAUAAAGUAACUAUAAAAUAUGUUCUCUAAAUGUAGUCUUGCGAUGACGAACACCAGGAAAGCAUACAGUAAAUCUAAAUGAAUUAUUAUUACUUAUGUGAAAAAGUCACUAAAGCUGUCAGACAAAUAAUAAGAAUAAAAAGUUAUAUUGUGGAGUUGGACGCCCUCAAGCAAAGUGCCUUAAAGUUAAAACGGAUAUACAGUACUUGCAAGUGUAAAAAUAAGUUGAUACUCGUAACCAGGUUACAUUUUUUUUACCUUCUUUUUUGUAAACGUUCAUGCCAAUAAAGUAACAUUGCUCUGAAUUGAAUUGUAAAA